AUGACGGCGCCAAACGACCAAUUCUACAUCCGUUACUACUCCGGGCACAUGGGCCGGUUUGGCCACGAGUUUUUAGAAUUCGACUUUCGUGUCGUCGGAGAUGGGCGCAGCGCGGUCGCUAGAUAUGCAAACAACUCAAACUACAGAAACGACAGCCUGAUUCGGAAAGAAAUGUGCGUGAGCUCUGCAGUCAUCGAAGAGAUCAAGCGGAUCGUGAAGCAGAGCGAAAUCAUAAAGGAAGACGACUCCAAGUGGCCGCAAAAGAACAAGGACGGCCGACAGGAGCUGGAAAUCCGGCUAGGAAGCGACCAUAUUUCAUUCGAGACGGCCAAGAUUGGAUCAUUGGUCGACGUGACCGAAUCAGCAGACCCCGAAGGCCUCCGAGUCUUUUACUACCUGGUGCAAGACCUGAAAGCGCUCGUCUUCAGUCUGAUAGCGCUCCAUUUCAAGGUCAAGCCGAUCUGA